UCAGACAUCUUAAAAAAUCAAUAAAUUUUCAUAAUAGCCACAAAACCAGAUCAAAAACACAAAAAAAAAUAUAUAAAAAAUCAUUAUUUUAACACGGCGCACGAACUUUUUCCUCAACCUAAUAUAUCGAAACAAAAUAGUUCUAUAAAAUAUAUUCUAUUUCUAAAGAUUUCUGUUUUUACUCAUAGGGUAAUGGAUCAUCGUCAUCGCAGCCGUCUGCUACGAUGAGUGUUAUCGACCGACAAUGGGAACUUAUCGAUCCAACUCCAAAAAUUCAAGAAUUAUUUGUACAAUUUAACCAGCAAUUUUUCUAUGAUCAAUUGGGAGCAGUUUAUGUUGAAUGGAGUAAAAGAAUGACAAGCUGUGCUGGUAUAUGUUACUAUGAACGUCGUGGUCAUCAUUGUCGAAUCGCGCUCAGCGAACCAUUAUUAAAACUGAGACCAAGAAAAGAUUUAGUUCAAACAUUAUUGCAUGAGAUGAUCCAUGCAUAUUUAUUUGUCACAAAAAAUAAUCGAGUUUAUCAUAAUUUUAUUGAAGAAUUUCAUCAUUUACGUCAACAUUGGUGGCGUUGUAAUGGAAAAUGUCAACAAUGGGCACCUUAUUUUGGUUAUGUCAAACGGGCAAUGAAUCGUGCACCAUCAAAAAAUGAUUUCUGGUUUGCCACCCAUCAAGAACGAUGUGGAGGUGAAUUUAUCAAAGUUAAAGAGCCAGAGCCAAAAGAGAAAAGAAAAAAUAUGUCAACAAUAGAUUCAUCGUCAGCAUCAAAGAAAUUAAAACCUUUAUUAGCUGGUCAACGUCGAUUAGAUAGUUUUAUAAUUAAACCAAAAGUCCAAUGUCCUGUAUGUGAUCAAUCGAUUGAUGAACGAGAAAGUUCGGCCCAUGUGAACCAAUGUUUAAAUGAGACAACACUCUCUAAAGGUGCAACAUCAUCACAAACUUCUAUCACACAAUCACAGCCAACAAUUGUCAUUGAUAAAAAUUCGAUUCAAUGUGAAUAUUGUUCAUCAACAAUGAUUAAACAAAAUUUACAAUUGCAUUUACUAAGAUGCAAAAACAGACCUAGAUAA